AAAUGGAUGCACGUGGUUUCUUUGGUGGUUGCUUUAUCGUAUCGCAUGGGAAUGAAAGUAUCUUCAUAGCUAGCACUAGCGAGGGGUCUAUUAAUGUCAAGAGUAUGCAUAUUUCGUGCAAAUCUGACACGUACCAACCUGGCCACAACUAUGGUGGAAUCAUUAUUUACCAAUACGACGGCAAAUCAGAAUGGAGAACCGCCAACAACACUCACUGUAAAUCUGGCUAUAUCGUCAUUCAAGACUCAGAUUCAGAAAAUGUUAAUCAAUGGAGAGAUGAGCCUGGUCAAGUUCACGGAGCUGUGUAUAGAAAUGCCUUCAGUGAAUCUGUGAACGACGCGAAAGUCGUUGGCGAAGGUUUCGCAGUACGAAAUGGAAAAUCGAAAGUUGAAAAAUUUGAAAUUAAUUCAGGCGUUUUCAACAAUCCAAAGGGCAGUAUACAUCAUGACCAUCGCAAAAGAAUGCAUGAAUUGUCGGAGCAUUGCGUUGGAAAGAUUGUGGAGUAUUGGAAGACUGCAGGUCCUUCCUGGGUCAGACAACGAAAUUUUGAAGUAAAGCAGUUGCUCGAAGAUUUUGAUCGAAAAUCGAUUCAAAACGAUUGCACUUGGGACGAUUUAUUUCCCCAAAAUUAAUUUCAAUAUUUGGAGUUCAAUAGGAAACGAAAUAACUCCAUUGGGAUAAUAUAGGCCUAUGUAUAUAUACUCUAUGAUACAUAUAGAUAAAGUUUUUUCAAAUAUUAUAUAUAUUUCAAACUUUUAUAGUGUUGGGUAAAAAUUAACCAAGGAUAUGCGAUAAUAAAAAAAUAUACGUAUUAUACUGUAGCUUCAACUUCGUAGUGUCAGAGACAGAGGCAUAUACUGUUGAAGAUUUUAAAGUAUCCACUGUACCAAAGAGCAAAAGACCGUACAAACCACAAACCAUGUAUGUAUAUUUAACAAUUAUGCCAUGAUGAGAGCAAAACAUCAGUGAGUAGGUAUGAUUGCAUAUAUGUAUAUAAUAUAGCCAUUCAUGCAUUAACUGCAGCAAUAAAUAUAUUCUUCCGCUAUUGCAA